CAGAGGAUCCCAUCCUAGGGUGAUGGCAUUUAGCUGGUGGAUGCCAGGUGCCCAGGCUGAGCCCACGUCCCCAGCGAGGAGCCCAAGUACUGCUGUGCAAGAGAAGAGGCACGGGGGAGCACUGUAAAUCUGUUGCCAAGAAGAGGAGCAAUGAAUUCCUCAUUUCACCUGCUUUUCUUGGAUCUCAACCUGAAUUCCACAGAAAGCAACUUUUCAGAACCAAAUGUCAAGAACAAGUCUUCACCAUGCAAAGAGAUGGGCAUUGCUGUUGAAGUGUUUCUGACUCUGGGUCUCAUCAGCCUCUUGGAGAACAUCUUGGUCAUAGGUGCCAUAGUGAAGAACAAGAACUUGCACUCCCCCAUGUAUUUCUUUGUGUGUAGUUUAGCAGUAGCUGACAUGCUAGUGAGCAUGUCUAACACAUGGGAGACCAUCAUCAUAUACUUAAUAAAUAAUAAGCACCUGGUGAUAGCAGAUGCCUUUGUGCGUCACAUUGACAAUGUGUUUGACUCCAUGAUCUGCAUUUCUGUGGUGGCCUCCAUGUGCAGUUUGCUGGCUAUUGCAGUAGAUAGGUAUGUCACCAUCUUCUAUGCUCUGCGCUAUCACCACAUCAUGACAGCAAAGCGUUCUGGAGUGAUUAUCAUGUGUAUCUGGACCUUUUGCACAGGUUGUGGCAUUGUUUUCAUCAUUUACUAUGAAUCUACUUAUGUAAUCGUUUGCCUCAUUUCCAUGUUCUUCACCAUGUUAUUCCUCAUGGUGUCUCUGUAUAUACACAUGUUCCUCCUGGCCCGGACUCAUGUCAGGCAGAUAGCAGCUCUGCGUGGAUACAGCUCUGUGCGGCAAAUGACCAGCAUGAAAGGUGCUGUCACCCUGACCAUGCUGCUGGGCAUUUUCAUUGUGUGCUGGGCUCCGUUCUUUCUCCAUCUCAUUUUGAUGAUUUCUUGCCCCCAGAACCUCUACUGUUCUUGCUUUAUGUCUUACUUUAAUAUGUACCUCAUACUCAUCAUGUGUAAUUCUGUGAUUGAUCCUCUGAUAUAUGCUUUCCGCAGCCAGGAGAUGAGGAAGUCCUUUAAAGAGAUUAUUUGUUGCCAUGGUUUCAGAAUACCCUGUAGGUUCCCUGGCAGAUAUUAAACAAAAAGUUCUUCUCUCUGUGGCUCUCUUUUAUCCUUGAUUUACCUUAUGACACAAUCAGUUGGUGCAGCCAAGGAGUAAGCCAGAAAGCUAGAAAUCAAAGCCAUGCAUUCUGUUUAUCAUUUUUCCAUCUUGAAUUUGUACUGCACUUAUUUUCCCCUGUGGCAGUUGUAGGGUCAGACAUGCACAUGCUGCUUAUCCAUUUUGGGAAUGGUCUGUGACAAUCUCUUACUGUCCUACUUUCCUCCUCCUUUUCCUCCCGCUCCUACUCAUUUCUGGUGGUCUGAUCUAUCCUCCAUCUAGUAAGUGUGUGCUCAGGGAAGAUAAAACAUAGCGGAUGUUCAUCCUUUCUGAUGGAGGCAUAAUACUCCA